AUGACUAACGCAUCCGCAGGAUCAAAGCGGUCUUGGGAGGGUCACGGCGCAGCCGAAUCUCACUCACACAAGAGACACAGAGACGAACCUAGAGACUGGCGGGAUGUUCACCUCAAGUCUCCCUCAGAUAAGCGUAGCAAACCUAGCAGCAGCAGACGAGACAGUGCCGAUAAGCGGGAGCCUGGACGGCCCAGAGAAGACUCAAGGAGGCCUAGCGACUAUUCUCGAGACUGGGACAGAGACAAAGACAGGCGCGACGGCCGCGAGCGUGAUCGUGACCGUGAACGAGACCGCGAUCGCGACAGAGAGCAACGCUGUAGAGAAGACGGUCGAAAAGAUGAUCGUCGUCGUCGAACUCCACCUCGGAAUCACCGUUCACCUGCACCAUCCAAUGGACACUCUUAUCAAGCUAAGGACUACUCGGAUAAAGAAGAAGGCGAAAUUUCUCCUACGCGUAGCGCCCGUGAGGCAUCUCUGACACCAUCCACACGAGCCCCAUCGGAGGCCGCUCAUAUUCAGAAGCCGGUGCAAAUUGCUGCUCCUCCACAACCUGUUCCGGAACUUGAUCUCGAGAUCGAUACAGCCGCCGCAGAGGCAGCCGCUCGAGCCGCUCGCCGUGCCAGGCGUCAAGCCAUUUUAGCCAAACACUCCGGGGUAGCCAGUGCUAAUAAGAGCAUCAGCCCCAGCCCUGGGCCUAGUAGUGCGGUCCAACCGCCUCAGCCUGUUGCAUCUGUGUCUGAUACACCUCAGCCCCACAGUGCUGUUGAUACUUUCGCAAGUUUAGCAAGGGACACCUCUAAAGCGAGGCACGAUUCAAUGAGCAAGCGAGACUCUGCAUCUCCACAACCAGAUGACAGUAUCUUUGAGCUUGCUAAGGACGAGGACGAUGAAGAUGUCCGUGCGAAGAUGCAAGAUGGCGCACCAGAUCAGAUAUCUGCUGCCGACUACGAUCCCAGCUUGGAUCGCCGUGAGGAUGAACAAAGGCGAGUCCUUAAAGACGAACCUAUGAAUGUAGAAACUAUUGAGGAGGAGGAAGAGGAAGAAGAAGAGGAUGAUGUCGAUGACAUGUUCGCAGCAGCUAUCACUGAGAAGAAGCGAAAGAAAGUCAAGAAAGUUGUUAAAAAAGCAGCACCCGCCCUUAUCACGACGACAUUGGACUCUGCCUCCGAUCACGAGGGCUAUUACCAAGUUAUCCUUGGUGAGCAACUUGAUGGUGGGCGGUACCAAGUCUUCUCUUCUCUUGGAAAGGGAAUGUUCGCCAAUGUUGUCCGGGCGCGCGUUCUUCAAGACGGAGAAACCGGCAAAGAAGUGGCUAUCAAAAUAAUCAGGAGUCAGGAAUCUAUGCAUCGUGCUGGUCUGAAGGAAGUGCAGAUAUUGAACAAGUUAAAACAGGCUGACCCAGAAGAUAAGAAGCACAUUGUCCGGCUAGAGAGAACAUUUGAACACCGCGGACACCUUUGUCUUGUGUUUGAGUCCAUGAGCAUGAACCUUCGGGAUGUUGUGAAGCGCUUUGGAAAGGAUGUCGGUCUGAACAUCAAGGCUGUCAGAGCUUACGCACACCAACUUUUCCUUGCAUUAAGCCUUCUCAAGAAAGUCAACAUCAUGCACGCGGACAUCAAGCCUGACAACAUUUUGGUUAAUGAACAGAAGACGUUACUGAAGCUGUGCGACUUAGGCUCAGCAUCGGAUGCGUCGGAAAAUGACAUCACCCCCUAUCUUGUUAGUCGGUUUUAUCGUGCGCCUGAGAUCAUCCUCGGAGUCCCGUAUGAUCCAGCGCUCGAUAUCUGGUCCAUUGGGUGCACCCUGUAUGAACUGUACACCGGGAAAAUUCUUUUCCCCGGCCGGUCGAACAAUCACAUGCUUCUACUCAUGAUGGAGCUCAAGGGAAGGUUCAACACUAAAAUGAUCAAGAAGGCGAAGUUCGGAGAAAUGUAUUUCGAUGAAAUGGGUGGGUUCGAGAGCGUAGAGACGGACCGUGUCACUGGUGCCAAUGUUGUCCGCAAGGUUCACAUCUCCAAACCUAGUCGUGAUCUCCGUGCGCGUCUUAUGCCACCUGCAUCGGUCAAGAUGAAGGACGACGAGAUGAAGUUGCUUACCUCAUUCAUCGAUCUGUUGGACAAGUGCAUGGCACUUGAUCCAGCAAGGCGAGUCACUCCCAAGGAAGCGUUAAUUCAUCCAUUCAUCAGGGGAUAGCAUUGCCAUGACCAUCUUAUCUCGGGCUUACCCUAAUUUGUUCCCGUAGCGUGUAUUUAUAUUUCUCUUCUUGUUCUCACAGUAUAAAUUGCAUUUCUGACACGUCUGCUGGACCAGGUGUGACGAAGGCAUGACAAGGCUAUUCCUCUUGUUCUCACAGUAUAAAUUGCACCUCUGACACGUCUGCUGGUCCGGGUGUGACAAGGCAUGACGAUAA